UCACAAUGCUGUAGAUGCUUCGUCCACUUACCUCAGCCCCCGUCAGGUCUACACAGCAGUAGACAGCCGCCAGCAGCAACAGGGUGCCGGACGGUAACAGCAUUGUGGCGGUGCGCAGUGGACCAGUGCAGGGUGCCCAAAAACAACCACCUGUUGGCCGCUUCUCGUCCUCUCUCGUCGGGUGACUAUUAACUUAUCGGCAGAGCACGGACACGUUUGGCUGCAUCUUUGUCUGAAACGAUCUGAGGUCCUGAUCAAUGCAACUUGGUCUUGUUUCUGCUGCACCACACCCCCCUCCCCAAAACGACCACCCUCGCUCCCAUGCAAACGGACUCAACCGUGCAUGUUACAAACACUUUGACUUUUCUCGGUAGGGAGAGGGACUGCUCGGCUCACUUUGGUGUGUUUUCUUGUGAGAAUAUUUGAACAGGUUUUUGGUGCCGCAGGUAGUUUAUUACCUUAACCCGAAAACCUUUCAGCCCGGGAUCCCGCGCAUCUUUUGCCCCGUGAGAUCCAUUUCCUUCACCUUACCGCCUGGUUGUGACUGUCGGGCAGACAUGCUGUAAGUGUCUCCACUAGUGAAACAGCGGGACUGACGUUUUUUUUCGGUGCGCAUGAGUGGGACCAUGCAGGGACAACACAACAGAGGACUGAAACAUCUGAGGCUGCUGCUCCUGUGCCUCUACCUUGCCAUCCUCGCCUCGGGAGCGCACGCGGGUGGGAAGAAGCACAGUGGCCCCUGUGGAGGAAGAGACUGCAGCGGAGGCUGUAAAUGUUUCCCAGAGAAGGGUGCCAGGGGUACCCCUGGGACUCUUGGUCCUCAGGGCCCCCAGGGGCCUUCGGGGAGACCAGGUGAUCUUGGGAUCGAAGGACCGAAGGGGCAAAAAGGUGACCAUGGCCGUAGUGGCAUCAUAGGUCCUAAAGGCAAUGUGGGAAUGACCGGCGUUCCUGGAUUUUCUGGAAACGAUGGCAUUCCUGGCCACCCAGGACAAGCUGGGCCCAGGGGGAAGCCAGGUGCAGACGGCUGUAACGGGACGCAGGGAGAAUCGGGGUUCCCGGGGCAACACGGCUAUAACGGCUCACCUGGUUUUCCUGGACAACCAGGCUGGAAGGGACAGAAGGGCGACUCUCUGGAGAUGAGUGUGUACAUGAAGCGCUUCAGGGGAGACCCAGGCACACCAGGGUUCAACGGAAUAUUUGGGCCUCAAGGAAUCCCAGGAUGGCAGGGUACCAGGGGCAUAGCAGGACCGAAGGGUCCCCCAGGGCCUCCCGGUCCUCGUGGACCAAAGGGCAACAUGACCAAUGUGCUGAAGGGAUUUAGAGGAGAGCAAGGGGACAUCGGACCACCAGGGGAUCCAGGAAACUCUACUCGUCAGCUAGUUCAAGCCCCCUCGGGACCUGAUGGCGAGAAAGGUCUGAAAGGAGAAUUAGGAGAUCUGGCUGACAACAAAGGAGAAACUGGUAUGAUGGGCAAUGCUGGAUCACGGGGUUUUUCUGGCGCAAAAGGGCGUCCUGGACCAUGGGGGGAUACUGGCGACCAAGGAACAACAGGUAGAGAUGGUUCUAAGGGAGACAGAGGUGACCCAGGGGAACUGAUACCAUCAGGAUCCCUUUGGCCCUGGUCUCCAUCAGGUGGUCCUCCCGGUCCUUCUGGUGAGCAGGGUCCGCAGGGAGAGAGGGGCUCGGUUGGAGACCAAGGGUUCCCCGGACCCCCGGGACGCCCCGCCUCUGAAACACAGCAACAACUUUGGGAUUUCAUGGGGCCAUUUGGUAUAAAGGGGGAUCCAGGAGAUAAAGGCCAACCAGGGGAACCAGGACGCCCUGCUGACGGUGCUGGACCCCCAGGUUCCAGCGGGCGCCCGGGGGCCAGGGGCCCUCCAGGACCCAAAGGAACAUGGGCUGAGUUCUUCAAAGGGGCUUCUGGUGGGAGAGGAAGGCCCGGCAAUGCAGGCUUUAAAGGAGGGAAAGGUGAUCACGGGGUGUGUGACUGCGCUGUGGUAAACUCUUCACCGGGGCUACCUGGCCCUGCUGGUGAUGGUGGUGAUGCUGGGAUGACUGGAGAGUUUGGUCAGGAGGGUGAUGUAGGCGAGCCAGGUCCCCAAGGAGACGACGGGUUGCCUGGAUUUCCUGGGGUCAGCGGUCUGCCGGGUCUGCGGGGUCGAAAAGGGGACGCGACUGUGGCCUCACAGAAAGGAUAUCCUGGAGAUCAAGGGGAUCACGGGCGAGACGGUGAGCCAGGAGCGUUGGGUGCUCCAGGCCGAAAUGGUUUGCCUGGUAUCCCUGGGAGCCGAGGUCUUCCAGGAGAAGGUCCCAGAGGAGUCGUAGGAGACAAAGGUUUCCCAGGUCGGCCUGGUCGAACUGGUGCACCCGGGACAAUUGGGACCGACGGUACAGUCCUUGGAGGGCUCAAAGGCCAACGCGGUUUACCUGGUGACGAUGGCCUCGCAGGCUAUCAUGGAGUUCCAGGAACACCUGGCACCCCAGGCGGCUGUAGUCCAACAGGAGAUGGAGGACAGGUGGAUGUAACAGGUCCUUGCAAUUCCUAUCCUGGACCACCUGGGCUGCCUGGACCUCCAGGACCCAGUGGACUACCAGGUUUCCCAGGUCCUCCGGGCCAAAAAGGACCACAGGGUCCAUUCGGAGCAGUCGGAGAAAAAGGAGAAACAGGAGAUCAAGGCUUUGGUGGCCGUUCUGGACCACCAGGUUUUUCCGGCCCCCGUGGAGCCUUGGGGGUUCCUGGCAGCAAAGGUUCAGUAGGAACCCCUGGUGUGCCUGGUGUAAGAGGCCGGUACGGGGCGCAAGGUGAGAAGGGUGUUCAUGGAGAGAUUUUUGGAGCAUCGUCAGGACCACUUGGUGACACAGGAUUGCCUGGGAUUCAAGGGAAUAAAGGCCCUAUUGGUGAUCCAGGACCAUUUGGCUAUCCAGGAGUACCCGGCAUGCCUGGUAUGAUCGGCUUCAAGGGUGAGAGUGGCCCUCUAGGCCUGCAGGGGGAGGAGGGGAGACCUGGGCCAGCAGGCAAGUACGGCUACCCCGGUGAUCCUGGACAAGCAGGUCUACCCGGCCCACGUGGGAGUACUGGACAGCCAGGUUUCACUGGAGAGAGGGGAACUGAAGGAGACCCAGGCCCUCCAGGUCCGAUAGGAUUAAAAGGCAGCCCGGGAAAUUACGGUGAUGAUGGCGUCGUUGGAGAGCCUGGCCCAUCAGGUGAAGUGGGACAGUCGGGUGCAGAUGGACGUCCAGGACUUCCAGGAAUAAAAGGAAACAAAGGGUCUCCCGGCAUGUCAGGUUUUGAGGGGAUCAGGGGUAAUCUAGGGGUGAAGGGCUUCAGUGGGUUCGGCGGAGAACCUGGAGUUCUGGGUCAAGUUGGCGUAAAUGGAGUGAAGGGUCGAAGUGGAGAGAAAGGUGAUCGUGGUUUGAGAGGGCCAUCCGGGGAUAUCCCUCACAUCCCUGCCCAGAUGAUUGUUGACAUGAAGGGAGCCAAGGGCGACCACGGACAAUAUGGAAAUCAAGGUUUUACCGGACCGAGAGGUAUUAAGGGUUUGCCCGGUGUGCCGGGCUACGGGGGAACUCAUGGUCUUCCUGGAGACCCCAGCAAUAAGAAAGGUUACCACGGAGAUACGGGUGCAGAGGGGUUGUCUGGGAUAAAAGGAAUGCCCGGCCUAACUGGAAAUCGAGGAAUUACUGGUUUUGAGGGAAUGCAAGGCAACAGGGGAGUUAAAGGAAGUCCUGGUGCCUACGGAGCAUCAGGAGACAAAGGAAGGAGGGGUCUCAAAGGUGAGAAAGGCCUGCGCAUAGACCUUCCAGGAACCACCGGAUUGAGAGGAGAGCAUGGUCUUCCAGGAGAACCAGGCCAGAAAGGUUUAAUUGGACAAAUAGGAGACGGUGGUUUAUCUGGUUUUGAUGGAAUCGAAGGGAAAAGGGGAGAGCCAGGUGAUCCAGGAACAGGAGGGUUCCCAGGCUCUGAUGGGCAAAAGGGAACUCCUGGUAACCAAGGUCUGAAAGGCUUUCCUGGACCCUCUGGAAAAGAUGGACAUCCCGGUUUUCCUGGCUUCCCAGGAAGCAAAGGUUUCCCUGGCCUGAAGGGACUUUAUGGAUUACAUGGACUGAAAGGACAAAAGGGUAUCCCAGGAACACCAGGUCUGGAUACCACUGGACCAGCUGGGGAACCAGGAAGCAAAGGAGAGAAGGGAGAGGUUGGCGACCCCAACAGCCAGCCAGGUGUUCCUGGCACAGCGGGUUUGAAAGGCUUCCAAGGACCUGUAGGUGACCAUGGUCAACCUGGACUGCCAGGAUUGCGUGGCCCCGAAGGACCAAGCGGGACCCCAGACAGACCAGGACGCAGUGGUGACCCUGGUUCUAUAGGACCUAACGGGUACCAAGGUUUCCCUGGAGCCAGAGGACUUCCUGGUGUAGAUGCCCCUCUUGGUGAAAAAGGUGUACAUGGAUCCGGUGGGUUUCCUGGAGUCCCUGGUAGGAAAGGAUUCAAAGGAAGCCAAGGUUCAUUUGGAUACAGGGGGCCAAAUGGUGUUUCUGGGAAGAAAGGAGUAAAAGGAGAGCAAGGAGUAAUGGGAAUUCCUGGUGUUAUUGGUGUGAAGGGAGAAAGAGGGCCAGCUGGUCCAAAAGGAAACACUGGACUUCAAGGUUCUCAUGGGGUUCCAGGAAACCAGGGUCCUCCUCCCAUUCCCAUCAGAAUUUCAGGAGAAAGGGGCCCAGGAGGACCAUAUGGUAUCCAAGGACCAAAGGGGUUCAGAGGGGAUCCAGGGCCACAUGCCCCCCCUGGUGAUUCAGGUUUCGUAGGACCCAGUGGGCAGAAGGGCAUGCCUGGGAUUAGUGGUCGACCAGGAACACCUGGAUUUCGUGGAGAGUAUGGAAAAGUGGGCCACCCCGGCCUGCAGGGCAUGGCAGGUCACCGCGGCAACCCUGGUACCCGUGGGCUACCUGGUAUGCCGGGCCGCAGCGUCAGCGUGGGUUACUUGCUGGUGAAACACAGCCAAUCAGAACAGACACCCAUGUGUCCUGUGGGUAUGUCUAAACUCUGGGACGGCUACAGCCUGCUGUACUUUGAGGGCCAGGAAAAGGCCCACAACCAGGAUCUUGGUUUGGCUGGCUCCUGCCUCCCACGGUUCAACAGCAUGCCCUUCCUGUACUGCAAUCCUGGAGACAUUUGUUACUAUGCCAGCAGAAAUGACAAGUCCUACUGGCUGUCGACGACUGCUCCUCUUCCCAUGAUGCCUGUAGAAGAGGGAGAGAUCAAACCGUACAUCAGCCGCUGCUCAGUAUGCGAAGCUCCAUCAGUUGCCAUCGCGAUCCACAGCCAGGACAUCACCAUCCCACAGUGUCCCGCUGGCUGGCGCAGCCUGUGGAUCGGUUACUCUUUCAUCAUGCACACAGCAGCAGGAAAUGAAGGCGGAGGUCAGUCCUUGUCGUCGCCUGGCUCUUGCCUGGAGGACUUCCGCACAACACCCUUCAUUGAGUGUAACGGGGCUAAAGGCACAUGCCACUACUUCGCUAACAAGAACAGUUUCUGGCUAACCUCCGUAGAUCAGUCGUUCCACACUGCGCCGGCAUCAGAGACACUCAAAGCAGGCCAGCUCCUGUCACGCAUCAGCCGCUGCCAGGUCUGCAUGAAGAACUUGUGAGGGACACGCAAACAAGUUGUUGCAUUGACAGUGGUCUAGUGUCGUCUUGCUAUCCAUGUACUAAACCAAACAAAGGGGGAUCUGAAAUACCGAUUCAAAUCAAUGUAAAACUUUCCCGCCGAGCCACAGAGCUCAGAUAUGCAACGACUGUGAUGCCUUGAGCUUUGAGUGAAAAGUCCCACUGUAGAUAAAAACAAGAGAAGCCCCAUAAUGAAGUCAACAGCUUUAUGGGAAAUCAAGUAUUCUUGUGUUAAAUGUGGAUUGGUGCUUACUGUUUAACUUAUUACCUCAGCUACGAUGACACAUUGUAAACGAUCAGAGUCCGUACACUACAGCUGAACCAAAGACGCCCGUGUGUGUGUGUAUGCACUGCUUUAGUUUAGAUGUUUUUAUUGUUUCGGGUAUACAGCCCACCAUAAAGCCACUAACACCGCUUCUCAGCCAGCUGAAGAAUGCGUCUUGAACAAUCGUUGGUUGAUACCAUUGACAGUAUUAUCCUGCUUUUAUUCAAUUGCUCUUAAACAAAAAAAAAAAAAAAAAAAACUGUUUUUAUAAUAAGACAGUCUUUUCAAGCUGUUCAUCCGUUUUAUGCAUUUAUCAACUAUUGCAAAAUCUCCUGUAACUCUUCAUUUCUCAUACGCCAUUAUGUUCACACAAUGCACUGAUUCUGUUUGUAUUUAUACCCGCUGAAUGAAGUUGACUCAUGUCCGCAGGAGUUAAAACAUGUCUUAUCUAAUGCUACUCAUGUCACACUCAUUCUCCUUUACAAAUCUACUAAUUAUUGAACUGCCAACAGGACAGAAUGUAAACAGCUCGGAUCAAAGUUCUAACUUUGCUAAUCCAUGCUGCGGUCACUGAUCCUGAAUAUUUUACACUAUUUAGAAAGUAGGUCAAACCUUCUACUUCACCUACAUUCGCUCGUUUGAUCAGGCUGGGAAUAUACUUACAAUUAACUGUAAUGAUACUUCGGUAAUUUUCAUAACAUGAUGAUUUCAUUGGAUUGUAAAGAUUAAACGUCGUUUGUUAUA